UGCAACUUAUCGAUAUCAUCGAUAGUGUCAUCUCUGUCUUAGCAGUUAAACUACAGAUGCUUCGGCAUUAAACAAAAGUAAUUUUGGAAUUUUGUUGUAAAGAUAGUUUAGUUAUUCGAAAUUCCUGUAUAAAUCGCUAAGAGGGGUGUCUAAAGAUGUUUACGCCCAGCACGAACACCCCCAUUGGAGGCGCCACCGCUGCUCCCGGCGCUUUUGCUUUUGGCGCGCGACCGGCGACGACAACUGCUCCGCCUCCAUCCUUUGGAGCAGCCACCUCCACGACGUCCUUCGGUGCUGCUCUGGGCACCACUUCCUUGUUUGCAGCUCCGGCGGCCACUCCGGCCUUUGGAGCACCAGCUGCUACGGCUGCUUUUGGAGCACCUGCGUCCACGCCUGCUUUUGGCGCAACUUCAACUGCAGCGCCUGCUUUUGGCGCACCAGCAGCCACGCCGGCCUUUGGAGCGCCAGCAGCCACGCCGGCCUUUGGAGCGCCAGCUGCCGCGCCCGGUUUUGGUGCACCCGCCGCCACCUCCGCCUUUGGAGCACCAGCAGCCACGCAAGCAUCGGCCUUCGGAGCACCAGCACCAGCUGUGGGCACUGUGGCACCCACCUUCUCCUUCGCCACUCCGGCCACAAGUGCCCCGACCACCGCGCCGCCCGCCUUUGGAUUCGGCACUACCGCCACAACGGUGGCAGCUGCUAUGCCAGCAGCUCUCGGCUCCGGCAUUGGAUCCUUUGCCUUUGCCAAGCCUCAGGCCACCACGGCGGCCAGUUUAAACUUCAACACAACCACGACGACGGCUACGGCGCAGCCCUUCAAUACGGGUCUGAAACUGGGAACCACCAACGCGACGACAACCUUAGGAGGCGGAAUCUUUGGCAAGCCAGCGGGACAGGCAGCUGCCCCGGCAGCAUCUACUUUUGUGGGGCUCGGAGGGAUCGAUGUGAGCGCCACGCAGCCAAAGCUGGGGGACAACAAGCAGGACGGCAUCAAGAUUAAGGAAACCCAAGUGCCCGACGAGAUAGUAAAAACGGUGGAUGCCCUAAAAGUAUAUAUCAAGCAGCAGAAGACCAUUUCCUCCGACAUUGGACGGACUUCCACCUCCAAAUUCACGAAUGUGAGCCACGAGAUCACGAACUUGAAGUGGGCGCUGCAGAACAUGGCCAAUUCAGUGGAGGGCAGCAAUCAGCAGAUCCGCUUGAUGCGGCAAGAGACCGUCAAGGCAAUUCAAUCUCUGGAGAUGGCCCAACGCACGCAGGACACCCCUGCCGGUCUGCAGUUCGAAAACAGUGCUCCGUUCCAGUACUUUCAGUGCCUGGUGGCCAAGUACGAGCAGGAUUUGAUCGCCUUUCGCCAGCAGAUUGCUCUGACCGAACGCCACAUGCACGCGCUUUCCAAUCCGCAGAGUAUUUCGCCGGAGGACCUGAAGCGGGGCUUCCGCCAACUUAAUGAGAGCUUCAUCUCGCUGGCGGGACGUCUUCAUGAGGUGCAUCAGCGUGUGGAGGAGCAGAAGGAACACUACCUAAACCUAAGACGCUACCGCCUGCGAGACGCCACCAACGUUUUCGAGCGGAUCGACAAUCCUCCGCUGCCGUCGGCGGAACCUCAACGCAUUAGUAGCGGUCCAACGCCCUUCUCCAACAUCUCGGCUCUGAUGAACAAGUCCUAUGCAGCAGCGGCCAGUUCCGCCAGCAAUGCGGCAGCCAAGUGAGAAGGGCAACACACAUUUGCAAGUUUCAAUAUAUCGUUAUGUACAAUA